AUGAUUUCCUUGAAAAUCUCAUUUUUGAUUUUAGCUUUUUUCAGUGCAAGUUUCGGACUAGAUUUAUGCAAACAAUAUCAAACUUAUCAAUAAUGCAUAGGUGGGGAUUCUGAUAAGUGUAUGUGGGAUACAAUCAGACAUCUUUGCUAUAAAACCAAUGAUUAUUUACAGGGAUGCAGCUAAUUAUUAAAUAAGAAGGCCUGUCUCAGAUAGAUUGGUGAUGUUUUUGGGGAAUUAGCAAAAUGUCGUUUCACUUCUGUUUGUGAGGAGAUCCCAGACUUAAAGACUGAAAAGUGUUUCAACAGUUUAUCGAAAUCCGGAUGUUUAUCUGUUUAAAAUCCUGAGUUCGUAUGUAUUUGGAAAGAUGAUGAGUGUACAAGUUUGCGUGCUUCUUAAUGGAAUCAAAUUUAAGAUGACUUUGAAUCAGUUUUGUACAGUGCAUCUGCUUGUCCACAUGUUUAGAAUUACUUGGUUAUGCAUCAUACAAUUCUUUGGAACUUAAUCUCAUAUUCGCCAGAUUUGUUAACCGAGGCUGAUAAUUUAUAUAAAAUGGAAUUGGGUAUUGAAGUGGAUAAUAGCAAAUCGUAUAAUGAUCCAGCCACUACGUCUAUGUAAAAUAAUUAUCAAACGAGUGAUGGAAAAUUUUAGUGGUAUACAAUAAGAGAGUCUAAAUCAAUAACUCAAUCUAAUUUGUAAAAGAGUGACAGGUACAGAGAAGGAUGCAUAGCACUGGAAAUUGAAAGUGAUAGUGAUUUCACAACCAUUUUCAGUCUAACAGGUGAGGUGCGGGGAGUGAAUCAUGUAUAUUGUAAAUAUUUGAAUAACAAUCCUUCGAUUACUGACCAAUAUGUAUUUUCGAAGGGAAGUUGCUAAAUCUAUGAAUAAAAGGAGUUAUAUGACUAAAAUAAGAUUGAUGCUUAUGUAUUAGAUUGCCACUCGAUAAAUUACACAUAAUGUGUUUACUUUAAUUCUUUAAAACAGAAAUGUAAAUUAAGAGGAAAAGAUUAUGAAUAUCCAUGCGUGAAUAUAGAUGAAUAUCCUGGCUAAUAAGUAGCAGAUGCUUUUACAAGUUCAUAAUGCUAGGAUAAAUUGAAUUAUUAUAUUGAUACAUCGUCAAAUUAAUGUAUUAAUACAUGUCUAGCGAUUGACAAUAAUACUGCUUGUCCAACUAGUUGUAAAGAUUUAGGGGAGAAGGCAAUUUCAUCACAAAUUGUUUGUGGUCCACCAAGUUUAUGCGAUUAGAUAGGUUUAAGUAAGUCAACUUGUAUGAUGUUAAAGAUUGAAUGCAAUUGGAAUAAAGAUUUGAAUAGAUGUUAUACUUUAACAAGUAAUGAGAUAUUAAUUAUGAAAUGCGAAGAUGCAUUUAACUUGUUUGUUUGUACAAAGGUAAGUUUGAGUGAUUAAUUAUGUUAUUGGUAACAAGACAUAGGAAAAUGCAUUAAUAUCUUAGAUUAACCGUUACUAAUUACUCAUGACAUUUUCAUAGAUGGAGAUUCAAAGACCUUGUGUAAUAUUAAUUUAUGCAAACAUAAUGCAAUUGCUACUGAGUAUAAUCAGUAACAAAGAACUUGUUCAUUUUUAAAGGACAACUUCUCAAACGAUUUAUAAUAGAUUAAUAAAUACCAUUGCAUUAAAAAUAUAUCUGGAUAUUGUGCUUGGGAUUAAUAUUUAUAGAUUUGCAAUUGCUUCUCAGAAUCAGAAGUUAAGUUAAAGAAUUGCUUAGAUUUGGUAGAUGUAAAUGAAAAGCUGUGUUAAAAAGCCAAAUUAUCUGUCCCAACUCUCACAUGUGUUUACAAUCAAGAUACUAAUUCCUGCAUUGAGAAGAGUUCAGUUCAAGUGAGUUAAAUUGAAUGUUCUGGAAAUGGGUUAUCUGAAGAUGCAUGCGUUUAGAAGAGUGUGAAUGGAGAGUAUUGUUAAUAUUCAGCAGGAUUGUGUAGAUUAAUUUCAGUUGAGUAAAUCAAUUCAAUUCGUUGUACCUCACUUCAAAAGGUUAAUAAUCAAGUAUGCAAAAUGCAAUCCAUUUAUCAAGUCCUAUGCAUUUACGAUAUUGUCACUCACUCUUGUUUCUCUCCCACUUUCUAAAAUUCAUAUGCAUUUGAUUAGAACAUCAAUAGAUAUGCUUGUUAAGCCAUUUAGACUGCCUAUACGUAUUUUGAUGUGAAAUUUAAUCAAUGCGUAUAAUUUUUAUAAACUGAUAGCUUAUUGCUUUCAACUCUAGAAUGUGAAUCAAAUUUUGUAAGCCAAUUGGCUUGUGUAAGCAUUACAACAAAAGGAUAAAAUUGCUUUUGGGAUUCAAAUCUAAACAGAUGUAGGAACUAUUCUGAAAACUUUAAUAAUUGUGAUGAAUAUGCGACUGCACCAAGUCGAGUGUGCAAAGCUUUGAUAGCAAAUAUGAGUAGACAAUUCAUGAAAGAAAAUUAUUGCACCUAUACAAGCAAUACUUGUUCAAUUCUGACGACCACUUUGAGUGAUUGUGGUGAAUCGGAGUAAAUGAACAUCCAUAGAUGCGGUGGAAUGACUGGUAUAGAUUCAUCAAACAACCCAGUUACGAUGUGUGCAUUCAUCAAUUAAGUAUGUAGAACUUUGACACAAUCAAAAAUGGAUACAAACAUCUUAUUGAAUACUAUACAAUGUAAGUAAGCCAAUUUAGCAGCUUGUACUAAAGUAACUACUCCUGGAUAAUUUUGUUAAGUAAUAAAUACUACAGAUUCAUCAAAUAUUAUUAUUAACAAGAAGUGCUCAACAGUUUCUUUAUAAUCAGAUUGUGCUACUUUGAAAAGUAUGGCUGGAACCAAUCCAAAUAUAUGUGCUUUUGCAAUUGAUAAUUGUUUGUUUAAUUCAUCAAGUGGUUGUUAGGCUCCUCCAGAUACCAAUUAAGAGUGCGAUACUAAUGGCUUAUCACUUAAAUCUUGUAUAUUUUAGACUCUCAAUCGAAGAUGUGCAUUCAUCAAUUAUAAAUGUUAGUACAUACCUGAAUAUCAAAUUACAUCAACAUCAAAUUGUUCAUUACUAAAUAGUUUUAGUUGUCGAUCGACACAUCAUUGUAACUUAAAUGCAGAUUCAGUAUGUGAAGAAAUUUAACCUAAUAAUCUACCAACUACUCUUAAUAGUCUAUAUUGUUCUGCUAUUUUAGAACAAAAUUUCUACAUCAAGCAAGGAUCUAUCUGUUAGAAAAUAGAUGAUGUCACCUAAUAUGAUUUAUAUUCAUGUGACUCCGAUGGAUUAAAUGGCUUUGGCUGUUUAAACUUACCUACUUAAUUUUGUUAGUAUUUUAACAACAAAUGUUAAUUUUCUUCUGAUAUUCUCUGCCAAGAUACUCCAUUAAACUGUGAAAGUAAUAACUCAAACAAUUAAAAAUGUGUUUUAAAAAAUGGCUCAUGCUUUUCUUUGCCAAAUACUUCCUAUUAGUGUGAUAGUUUUGAAAAAACAAACUAUCUAUUUUGUUUGCAAUACCCAUAAUGUAUUUAUUUUAAUUCAAAUUGCCAAUCAAUAAUGCAGCCAUAUAGUGUAAACAGUUGCUCAGAUUUAUCAACAAUACAACUAUGUACAGCUUAAAAUAAAUAGCACAAAUGCUCAUAUGAUUCAGAUAAUAACAUUUGUUUCGAUAUGAAUUCUGGAGGUUCUCUUUGCCCCUCGUUAGAUGGAUAUCACUCUUAUCAAGUUUGCUACAACUAUAAAAAUUGUACCCAUGGAUAUACAAAGAGUGGUCGAGGAUUUUGUUAUUUGGAUUCCAAUUUUUCCAGUCUCACUUGUGAGAAAUUGCCAGAAUUUCUUUGUACUGAAAAUCUAAGUCAUUUAAAUUCUAAUCUGAAAUGCUAUUGGGAUGGAUAAUGUAUUUCUGUAGAUAAUACUAUAACUUAAUGUUCAUAAUUAAUAACAUUUUAAUUAAAUUAUAAUGCAUGUCUAGGAAUUAGCAACAAUGAAUGCAUGUAUUCUCAUUCUGAUCAUAAAUGCAAAUUUACAGCUGAAUAUCAGGGAACUGUUUGUCAAGGUACAACAUUAAAGGAAUGCAACAAGGUUAAAUAGACAUGUUACUUUGAUGGAACAUCAUGUUUAGCAUCAGGUAGCUCACUUAAUAAGUAUGGAUGUACCUAAUAAUCAGGAUUAUGGAAAUACAACAUUAAUACUUGCCAAUAAUUAGUGAGUACUGAUUAUCAGAUAAGUUGUUCAAACCUAUCUAAGGAGGCAUGUUUGAGUGAUGUGACUAAGGAACUUCAUUGCAAAUGGAGUAACUUAAAAUGUUCUCAUGUUCUUGAAUUUGAAAAUAAAUAAACGACAUUAUGUGAUGACUUAAAUAAAAGAGCCUGUAGGGACAUUAGAUUAUCAAAUUUACAAUGCAAAUGGGAUACUACUAGUAAAUCAUGUAAGCCAGUAACAUUGGCUUCAGCUGAUUGUUCUAUAACAAGUGGAUACGAUUUAGCAUCAUUAAGUUUGUGUUCAGGACAAACCAGUAAAACCUGUAGUUUAAACUAGAAUAAAAAUGGAUGUGCAGAAAUAUCAAACAUAGUAGAAUUAAGCAGCUGUAAUUAAUAUGGACUCAAUAAAAAUUCCUGCAUCAACUUAACAACAAUCCCAUGUGUUUGGUAAGUAAAUCCAAGUGGAGGAGGAUAUUGUGAGAAUGCAAAUUUAUAUUUGGUUACUUGUUCAGAUAUACUAAACUCUUAUGCUUGUUAAUAGGUUAAGACAAUGAAUCAAUUUUGUUCUUGGAAUUCAACUACUAAAACUUGUUCUAAUGUAUCACUUACAAAUUGCAGUUCUGCAAGCCAUCUUAAUGGCAAUUUGGGAUGCAAGGCUGUAGAAGCAGAACCAUGUUUUUUUAAUGACCUUACAUAAACUUGUACCAAAUUGGAAGUAACACCAACAACAUGUGAAAAUUAUUAUAAUAAGAAAGCUUGUGAGUUAUCCUAAUCUAUUUGCUCAUGGGAUAAAAAUACGUGUGUAAAUAAAGUGUAAAUUGAAUGCACCAGGUUUCUCAACAAAUCUGCUUGUCUGUAGAGUAAUGAAAUUAGUUGCUAAUGGCUUAAUAAUUCAUGCUAAGACUUUAAGCAAAUAGUAGAUAAACUGUUUUGCAAAGAUUUGCCUUCAGAUAUUAAUUCUCCAGCUUGUUAUACUAAUGCCAAAGAUCCCUGCUAUUAUAAUAGUUAAUUUGGGAAGUGCUCCCCAUCUUAAGGAAUCAAGGAUCAAUUGGCAGAUUAUGAAUUGAUAUCUAAUCUAAUCAAAAAAUAAACUUAGGAAUAUCAAUCGCCUCUCCUUACAAGCGUAUGUGAAAAUUUGUAAACGAAGGAAGAUUGCAUAAACUCUCGCAAAUAGGAUUAAGCAUGUAUUUGGAUUAGUAGUUGUUAGACACUCACUUCUUUUGAUAGCUAAUUGUGUACAAACACUCUGAAUGUCUGGGGUUGUUUAGGUAUCAGGACUCCAAAUUAAUAUUGUAUUUGGUAAGGCAAAUGUAUGAUUUGGAAAUCUGAUUACUAAUUGAUGACUAAUGUGAACAUCAACGUUUGCAUAUAAAACAGUGUCAAUAGUAUUUAUUUGUAGAAUUCCUGUGUUGGUGUGAGUUUAGACACUAUUGGUUGUUUAUCAUAAGGCAUCAGUAAAAAAACUUGUCUCUCUAUUCCAAAUCAAGGAUGUUAUUGGAAUUCAACCUCUAAUUCCUGUAGUGAAUACUAAAUUGCUAAUCAGAGGAAAUGCUCUGAUUUUAAUGAAGUCUCUCCUUUUGUUUGUCAAAUUCAAACUCUAUUUGCUUGCACUUACGAUUCCACCACCAGCAGUUGCAAAGAUUCAACUGCAAAUAGUUUAGAAACUGGGAUUUCCAAAUUGGCAUGUCUGAGAAAUACUGAAAUGAAUACUUUUUGGAAUGAGACCACAUGUGAGGAAUUGACAUCUAAUAUUAACUGUGAUUAAACAUUAUAAGUAAAUUCUCUUGCUUGUUAAAGUAUCAAUGACAAGGCCUGUAUUUAUAACAUCAAAACUAAUUAAUGUACAAGUAAAUUUAAUCCUUAUACUUUGAAAUGUGAUACAGUUGGGUUAAAUUUAUUAGGAUGCACAGAAGUCUUAACUGAACCAUGCAUUUUUAAGGAAAAUAAAUGUUAGCUAUUUACAGACACGACCUCUCCUUGUAUGACUAUUUCACAAGUCAAUGCUAAGACUUGUGCAUCCUUGUAAGAUCAGAAUUGUAUGUAUGAUGCUAUCAACAAAAAAUGUCAAAGUCCUUUACUUAGUGUAGAUUUAUGCAAUGUAGAAGGAAUAAAUAAAAAUAUCUGCAUUGAGAAUAAUUUAUGUCAAUGGAACUCUGAUAACCUAGAUUGUAAAUGCAAAACUGAUCAAGAAAAAGAAUAUUGUUAAAUAGAGAGCCCAAAGGAUUGUGCUAAUAAUCCUAAUUGUGUUUAUUCCAAAAAUUAAUGUAUUAAGAAACAGUGUUAUCAUUUAAAUAAGGAACAAUGCAAAGGCACAUUAGAUGACAAGACUUGCUAUUUAAAUGAUUCUAAUGGAUGUUCUCCUGCUAAAAUAUGUGAAGAUAUCAUCGAUGCAAGUCAACCUUGUUAAUCAAUAUUUAUCAAUUAAGUUCCUUGUAUUUAAGGACAUGAAUAAUGUAUAUCCUCUAAUAACUUUGAAUUGUUCUGUCCUUAUUCAGAUUGUUCCAAUUCGAACUGCUUUUAUGAGUUUGGAAUUUGCAGAAAGAAGGUCUGUACAGAUAUCAAGGCUGAUGAAUGCUAAUAAACAGAGGGAUGCUAUUUAGAUAUCAAUAAGCAAUGUUAAUAAUUGUAAUCAUGUUCACACAUUUCCCAAAAGGAUUUUGGAGAUUAAGCUUUAAGUAUUUGUAACAAGUUGACAUUCAAUGGAUUCAAAUGUAAUUGGUAGAAGUUCGCACUAUUAGAUGAAACAGAAAUUUGUACAAAUUAACCAUGCGAGUUAUAUGGACCCUCAACCACCAUAUGUCAAGGUAAUGAAAUGAAUGGCUAUUCUUGUGUUUUGACUAGUGAAUUAAUUUGUAGACAAUGCGAAUAGAUAACUGAGAGAUGCUUCUGCAAUAAAUAAACCAAUGUUUGCACUUUCAUUAAUGGAAGGUGUUAGUCCAUUCCUUGUUCUUCAUUUUUAUCUAAGGAAUAAUGCUCUUAAGCCUCAGAUCGUUGCUAUUGGAGUACUUAAAUCAAAGAAAACAAUGAAACCUUAGAGGGUUGUGUUAAGGAAUGUGUCAAAAUCAUUGAAGCAGAUGAGUGCAACAGCAGAAUUGAUGAAUGCUAUUACGAAUCAUUAAUUGGCUAAUGCAAAAAAGGAAAAAAACAAAUCCCAGAUCUUAGUGUUGACAUCACAAUCGAAUAGUUCUUUAGUCCCAUUCUAUCAAUAGUAUACCUUAUAAUUAUUAUUGCAUAAUGA